CUGACGUCAGAGAUCAAUGGCCAAUCCCUGCGCAGAGCGCCAAGUUCCUCUCACAGUGACAAAAACAUGGCGGAGCAGGGAGCAGAAAUUGGUUUCAAAAAGGACACAGUAAGCAAACUUUUGUCAGGCUUAUUCAAGGAGGAAAAAACCAAACUAAGUGGGGAUGCUGUCUUGCUCAUGGCAGAGAUGCUAAAAAUAUUUGUCCAAGAGGCUGCUGUGAGAUCACUGAAACAAGCUGAAUCUGAGGACUGUGACCAAGUAGAUAUCGAGCACUUUGAAAAGAUCCUACCUCAGCUGCUACUGGACUUCUAGCACAGUGAUGCCACAAGAUGGAGCCAGAGUGCUGCCUGCAAGUCCAUAUUUCAGUCCUACAGCCAUAAGUUUAGUUUAACUGAUGUUUAUUUUUUUUUAAUGUAUAAGUGCAAUUUCAUAAUUGCUCACAAUCUGAGAUUAAACUGAAAUUCUCAUUCUGUA